AUGACAUCUUCUAACCACAUCCCCAACCUCCGAACGCUCCUCGGCCCCGGCCGCGGGGGAGGCCUCAGAGGCAGAGGGCGCGGCGGGGGCGGGCCCGGCAGCUCCAGCGACGAGGCCAGAGACAACGCCGUCAAGGGAACGGACCAGGAUGCGGCGGGGAGCAGGCUGAGCUGUGUCGAGCUGGGCUACCUACACGACCCGUAUGCGAGGCUCUUCGCCGUGCAGCCCUCGACAAGGCGGCUGCCGCUGCUGAACAGAGGCUCUUAUGUCCGCACCACCGCCAUCGACAUGCUCGUCGCCAAGUUCCUCCUCACCCAUCCCUCCGCGCCAAAGCAGAUUGUGUCCCUCGGCGCUGGCACCGACACACGCUUCUUUCGCCUCCUCGACGCCUACCCUGACAGCCGUCUCAUAUACCACGAGAUCGAUUUCCCGACCAACACACUGCCCAAGAUUGCGUGCAUACAGAGACAGCCAGUACUACACCGCAGGCUGCUUCAGAUACCCAACACGUCGACAUCCUACCACUCCGCAACCUACAACAUACACGCGCUCGAUCUGCGCUCCUUGGCCGCUCCCUCGGACGAUGCGCCGCUACCGGAUCUGCCCAACCUCGACCCCACCCUCCCCACCCUGAUUCUCUCCGAGAUGUGCCUCGUGUACCUCCAGCCUUCGACAGCACAAAGCAUAAUUUCGACCUUCACCACACACUAUCUCCAGCCCACAACACCCGCAGCCCUUGUCCUGUACGAACCCAUCUUACCGCAAGAUGCCUUUGGCCGUACUAUGAUAUCGAACCUGCAGACACGCAACAUACACCUCCCCAAUCUCACCUCAUACCCAGAGCUUGGCGAUCAGCGCGCACGAUUGACCGGGUAUGGCUUCAGAGAAGGCGCAAAGGCUGCGGAUACCAACUUCAUCUGGAAGCAUUGGGUGAGUGAGGAGGAGAAGGAACGUGUCGCGAGCUUGGAAAUGCUAGAUGAGCUGGAGGAACUCGAGCUCCUGCUCAAGCACUACUGUUUCGCGUGGGGCUGGAGAGAUGGACAGAGCGACGUAUUCUCCAAAGCCUGGGCGGAUAUGCUGGAACAGACGUAA